AUGGCCAAGCCGUGGAGCUUCGAGACGAAGUUCAUGGGUAUGUUGUCUGCGGACCGCAUGCCCGGGCUGCAGUUCACACGCAGCGUCAUCCGCAAGCUGUUCAACGUGGACGUGCCGAGCGUGGAGGACUUGCAUGUGAUCCGUGAUGUUUGCCGCCUGGUGCGUGGGCGCGCUGCACAGAUCAGCGCCAUGUUCUGCAGUGCGCCGCUCGCGAAGACGCACAAGCAGGGCUGCGCAACGGUCGCUGUUGAUGGGUCUGUGUACGAGAAGACACCGUCAUUCCGCCGCCUGCUGCAGGAAACUAUGAACGUCAUUCUCGGCGCGGAUUGCAACGUGAAAAUGGCUCUUGUGAAGGACGGCAGCGGCAUUGGCGCCGCCUUCAUCUCUGCGCUGGCCGUCAACGACAAGUGA